AUGGAUUUACUUGGUCGGAAGAAUAACCAAAACGACUUUGAUGAUGAAGUUGACCACGAAGAAGAAGAUGACCUUGAAGACGAAGAUGACCCCAAAGGCGAUGAUCACCGAAACAGAGAUGACCACGAUGAGGAAGAUGACGAAGACGACGAAGAUGACUUCGAAGAUAAACUUGACCUCCUUAAGGAUGAUAAGGAUGAAACGCAAUUCGUUCAUUUUGAAGAUGAAGAUAAUGAUUUUGAGGAUGAUGACGGUAGCGAGCCAGACGAUGAUGAUGAGGAAGAUGAUGAUGACGAUGAUGACUACCAAGAUGACGAAGAUGAUAAUGAGAACAAAGACAAAUUUUCACUUGUUCAAUAUGAUCGCAAUAAAGCGAAUAAAGACAAAGAAGAGCCUAAACCUAGUAAAUCUCCCACAACGAAAAAACCAAAAAAGGUACGUCGUCCUUUGGAAGAAAAACGCCGCAAAGAAAAAGAACGUGAAGAACAAAAAAAAGAUAUCAUAAAGAAAGCACGAAAAGCUCUAAGGCGUAGAAAACGACGUCGUAUGCGAAAAUUCCGACGUCGUUUGCGCUCUGGACGUCGCAGACGUUCGAAACGUAAACUCAAACGAAAAUCCAGAAAAGGCAGAAAAUCGCUGAAACGUCGCCGUCGCAAGGCUUCACGCCGUCGUCGUAAUCAUAAACGUCUACUAAGAAGGCGCCAUCUUCGUAAGGGCAAAAAAUCCAAUCGCCGAUUCAGACGCCGCAAAAAAACAAAUCGUGGCUCUAAACGCCGUCGUAGACUUAAUCACCGACGUCGUAACAGACGUAAACGGCGACGUCAACGGAGACGUAGGAGAAGAUUCUUCGGCCUUUAA